AAGGGCUGUGAGGAUAUCAGGAGAGGCGAAACAGUGCGACCACUGAAGGAGGCACGCGGCUACCAUUGGUGACGGCGAAAUCAUGGCCAACGGCGACCGCAGGGCAAAACGCAAGCAAGGAUGAAACGCGAGCGUAGAGCUUCGUCACUCAACCUAAAUAAAAAAACCCUAUUAUGUGAGCCCUAAAUCUUCACGAACUCGCCAAAUUGAAAGCAAACUCGCGAUUUCAGUCGAGUCUACCGAUUCUACUAACGAGCCCACCGAUCCUAUACCAAAUCCGAGUUUGCUUCCGAGUUAACUCGGAAGCACUGAGUUAGCACGUAAACUUUAAUUCGCGAGUUUGAUAACCAUGGUUGGGAUAAUGCAAAAUGUCUCUAGUUUGUUAUCAAUGGAAAUUGAUGGAUCAGAUGUGGAACCCGGGACCACAACUGACGGUUCCACCGCGAAGAAAUCAAAGCGCUGUAAGAGGAAGAGUUUUAUGGUGAACGAGGAAGGGCAAAUGGGGUCGCGAGAGAAGCUCGCAAAAAAAAUCUUGUUGUCUCUUACUAGGCCUUCCUACGUCUUGGGAUUGGGUCCCAAACCUCUGAGGAAGGAAAACCGUACGAGGUUGCGCUACCUGCUGCGCAGACUCGUCAACCAGCAUCACUGGGUCGAAGCAAGUGGUGUUCUCAGUGCCUAUAUGAAGGGCACACUUAAUGAGACCUCGCCCUUCAUAAAUCGUCUUAAAUUUUGGGUUUUAAUGGAGCUUCUAAAUCGUGUGAAAAAUAAUUCUAUUAAUCCCACAAGAAUCAAGAACCUCUAUGAUAUUUGGUCGAAAAAAAUUGGAUCAAUGAAGACUUGGCCUUUACAGAGCAGAUACGCAGUCCACUUUGAGUUCAUCUUUUUCUGUCUUAUGCAAGGCAAUGCAGGGGAUGCAUACCAGCUUGCUUUAUGUAUUGAACAAAACAAAGUUGAUAUUGAUCCUGUGUUAAAGAUGAUGAUGGGGUUGACAUUCUAUGAGAUGUGGUAUUCUUCAAUCCCCAAAGAAUUCCAGUGGAGAAACUCAGACCACCAGUUUGACUUGCAAGAGAACUCACAUAUGGAGAUCCCAUUUACCAAUAAAACUGGACAGUCAGAGCCGUAUAAUUCAAUUGAAUCCCACAUGGCUGAGUCCCAUUGUCAACGUGAUUCAGAUGCCUCUAUCAUGAAUGAUAAGCAUAUAUCUAGGGAUGUUGUAUUCAGUGAAGACAUAGAGGUUGGUACUAAUAAAAGAGAAAAAACACAUCAGAACUUUCAGCCAGAAGGUUUUUACUUAAAUUCUGAAGAGCAAAACGGAUUUGGAGACCCUUUUUCUAACAGUGGAGGUCUUACACAAGAUAUCUUACACGGCCUUGGGGGACUUGAUUUGUGGUUGCUGCCCUUGCAUUUUUCUGAUGAGAGCAAUUUGGAGGAGUUCAUGUAUUUGCAAAUAGAUCAGCCUAAUGACUAUUACAAAAAUUCAGUGAAAUAUUUGCAACUAGCUCUCAACUCAGAACCUUCUGCUUCGGCAGCAUUACUUCCAUUGGUACAGCUGUUGCUAAUUGGAGGACAAGUUGACGAGGCUCUAAAUAUGCUUGAGAAGCAGUGCUGUAAUGCAGCCUCUGUAUUGCCAUUAAGAGUGAGGGCUGCUCUCUUGGAGCGUUUUGAUCGAAACAACUCUGGCAUGCUU